UUCUGCAGAGCUAAGAAAGAUGUCUGCUACCAUUUGCAAUUGCUUUGUAGCUGCAUGGGCUGUUGAAAGUAAAGAUUUAUUUGCCCGAUUAUAGUUUUUUUACGGGUAGGUCAACGUUUCUAAAUAUUCCUGUGCUUUUCAAGCUCUGUUACCUUACUUUUCUGUCAGUGAAACAAGAGCUACAGACGGUUGUUUGUAGCAACGUCUGAAAGCCGAAACCAUCGAACAAAACGCACUGACCCGUCAUGAGUAACGAUGGUGACUCUACUCUCAUGACAGUGUACAAGAAAGCAGAACUGCAAGAUUAUGUCCAGCCACAAAAGUCAAAAUCUUCGAAAAAGAAGGGCUCCAGUUCAAAACAAGAGGCAUGCGAAUUGUCUUACGAACACACGAGCGUGUGAAUUCGUUCCAGUGCAAGACAGUCUGGAGCAGCUGGAGUCGAGCUUGAACAGCAGCCAACAGGUAUCGGAACAGGCAGUUCCUGAUGAGGAGCGGUCGAACAUCGCCAUGACGCAGAACGCGUCGCGGCGCAAGCAGCGUUUCGUCAACUUGUACAGCCGGGAAGGACGGGCGCGCGACGUCGUGUUGCUGCCCGGCCGACACCCGUGCGAAUGUCAGGCUCACCGCCACGCGCUCAUCAACAACUGUCUCCGCUGCGGCCGCAUCGUCUGCCGACAGGAGGGGUCGGGCCCAUGCUUCACCUGCGGCAAUUUGGUGUGCACGAAUGAAGAAAAGGAGAUCCUGUCUCAUGAUUCCAAGAGGAGCCACCAACUUAGAAAUAAGCUCAUGAACCAGACUGUUGAUGAAAAUCUUGCCAAGGCCAUUGAGCAUAAGAACCGACUUCUCGAAUAUGAUCGUACCUCGGAACGCCGUACUCGAGUAAUAGAUGAUAAUGCUGACUACUACUCCUCCGACAACAAAUGGCUUACACUUGAGCAACGAGAAAUGAUUCGUAAGAAGGAACAGGAGCUGCGCGCAGAGCAGCAUGCUUCAAGACGACAACAGAAGGUGACGCUAGAUUUUGCUGGGCGCCAAGUGGUGAAGGAGGAGGCGCAGCAUGCCAGCAUCCAGAGCUUGUUGCAGUCACUCGUAGCACCUAUGGCUGAAGCAAAUAUCAAUGACCGUGUGUGUAGAGAAGUAGAAUCCACACACUUUAUGGAUCCAGCUUUGGAUAUGCCACCUCCUGAGUAUAUGCCAACCGGAGCCCUCCGUGCACCAAAACGCAGCCGUCCAAUGGGCGACAAUAGCCUGGUGUGCACCUCAAGCACUGGUCAAGUCCUUAGCUCUCGCAUUCAGGAUCGAGCACUCAUGGAGAUGUCUGACGAUGGCUUUGCCCUGUCCGUGCAACAACCAUAUGCUGGUCUGCUAGUUGCCGGCAUCAAAAAGCACGAAGGGCGCGCUUGGUUUACAACAUACAGGGGCCGUCUGUGGAUCCAUUCAGCCAGCAAGCAGCCCACGCACGAGGACAUCAGUGAAGUGGUUGACAUCUAUCGCAAGAUUGUCGAAGAGACAGGAGAAAUUGUUAGUUUUCCAGACGAGUACCCAACAAGCUGCCUUUUGGGAUGUGUCAACCUUGUUGACUGCCUGCCCCAGGACAUCUAUCGUGAACAGUAUCCAUUUGGGGAAUGCUUCUCUCCAUUCGUCUUCAUAUGUGAGGAACCUCAAGAACUGAAAAUGAAGUUCCCAAUGAAGGGGCAGCACAAAAUCUUCAAAAUGGACUCGAGGCUGCACCAUGCAGCAAAGAAGACGUUGCUCUGUCCUCAGAUCUUGACAAGCUGACCAGUUUUUCCACUGUAAAAAAGAAAAGGUCUUUUUUUUUUUUAACGCAGAAAAUAAAUUCUUUAUUAUUGUACAUGGAGUUA